CCUCUCCCUAAACUCGGAGAAUGGUGGUGCAGGGCUGGGGUGGAUGGGCUGGGGGAUAUUGCACAGCUGGGAAAGGGCCAUGAGGAGGAUUAGGUGCACCAGGGAACACUUUCCCAUGAAAAUGGAGGCUGCCAGUGCCUGGCAUUGGGUCAGCCGCUGACCUGGAUCUUGCCUCAUACCCAUCCUCUCCUUUCACCUUCCUGGGGUGUCUCUGCCUUCUGUUCCUGAUGAUCCAUAUGUAAACAUGGUGCUUUUCUGCAGGCAGUGCAGCAGCUGGCAAGUGAUCACCCCAGGCGGGGCCAUGAGCUGCCCUGCAUAGCACAGCACCAGUCCAGAGCCCUGCCUCAGUCAUAUCCAGGCAUAUGGCCCCAGUGCUGCCAGCCACAGUCCUUCAUGUCUUCUUUGGGCCCAUCCCACUCUAAUUCCUUAGGGAUUUCCUCUUUUCCCAUUUCCUACUUGUCAGGAAGAGGGCUGGAUAAUGUUUAGGGUAUGUUGGUCAUGUCACUCUUGCCAGGAAGACGAUUGAUGUCCUGGGACCUGUGAAGAUUCCUUCCAUCAAGCCCCCCAAAACAUUCUUGGGGUUAUUAAUUGAAAAAAAAAAAAAAACAACGAAAAACCAAAACCCAAAGUUAUUUCUGGGCAGCAGCCUCAGCUCAGCGUAGCUGCCAGGCUGGGGUAUUGCAGGAGGAAGAUGAGGUGCUUGCGGCCAGUGAAUACCCAUGGCUCAAGAACUUAUUGCAGACAGUGCAGAGGAAGAUGACUCCCCACAGUACCGUAUUUGCUUACUUAAUGCCUGGGUUUCUCCCCCUCUCCCCACCCACACCCAUCUCUUGCUCUUAAAACCAAGCACAUCUCUUCCAAAAUGACGACAGAGCCAUGGCUGCUCACUGGGUUUGAGUCAGACUGUGCAAGAAAAGCAGGAAGCGCUGCAUCUUCAUUCCUCACCAGCUACUUCUGGACUGUUUCAUUCCUUCUGGGAAGUGGGCAGGCAGGUAUUGUGUCUCAUCCUGCUGCUCCUCCCCUCCAAACACACUACAGAUUGCUCCCUUCUAUUUUGGGAGCCAGCCCUAUGCAGUUUAAACCACAGCACUGCUGGGGAAGAUCAUGCCAAGGGCAUAAAGGUCUGAUGAAGCAUUUCAGCCCCAUUCAUGCUGUUGCUCUUCCCAGACCACCGCAACCUGACCUUUGAUCCCAGGACGGCCAACAAGUGCCUGGAGCUGUCAAAAGGCAACUGGAAAGCCAAGCACAGCCCCAUCACCAUCUGUAGGUGGCAUGAGCAGGAACCCCGCUUCGAGCCCUGGCAGGUGCUGUGCAAGCAGGGCUACAGCCAUGGCCACCACUACUGGGAGGUGAAGAUCUCCAGCCACUCCGUUGUCCUGGGGAUGACCUAUCGCAGCCUCCCCCAGGAGCGGAAGCAGGGACACAAUUUCAACACUGGUCUGGACAGGGGCUCAUGGGGGCUGCAGGUGCUGGAGGAUUGCUACCUGGCCUGGCACAAGGGCCGGCCGCAGAAAAUCCAGGAACGGCUGUGUAGGAACCUGGGGGUCAGCCUGGAUUAUGACAAGGGGCUCCUCUCCUUUUACAGGCUUGGGGAGGGGACAUGGCUUAUCCACUCCUUCCAUGAUGUCUUCACCGAGCCCCUCUAUCCCGUUUUUUGGCUGUGUGAGGGGCGAGCAGUGGAGCUGUGCUGGAAGGAUUAAGCCAGCACAACCAUGUGGCUCUGCAAACUAGACCAAAAGCCAUAGGCUGGUACCAUAGCUGAGCUGCAGCCAGUGGCUGUCACAGUGCGAGUGAGACCCCAGUGCCAAGUGGGGUGCAGUGUUUUAACAAGAGCUUAUGAGGACACACAUACAAAUGAGCCCUCUGAUUUGCAUGUGCAAGUAUCAUGCAGAUAGCCCAGUUAGGGCAGGGGAAAGAUUGCAGGGGCCAGUUACUGUGUGAGGUGUAGAUGGGGUGAGGUGGGGAGAUAGGGAGGGUGAAAGAAUGAGUUUUUUUUUUUUCUACCCUUGCCCAAUCUCCCAAGCCUAGAUUCGAGGUGAGGGGAACCCUAGAGAAGGGUGCUGUGGAGAAGGGUGCUGUUGGAGGGAGCCCUGUGCUCAUCCCAAUCCUCCUGUUUCCCUCUUGCCACUCUUGGACAUGGCAGAACAACUUUUUUUUGGGUGCCACGCUGCAUUUGUUCAAUGUACAAAGCUAUUUUCCCCAGUAAAGCCCUAUUUUACUA